CCCUCACACAUUAAUCUUUCUUCUCUUCUCCUCUCUCUCUCUCUCUCUAUCUCUCUCUUAACCCUCUUACACACACAUCACAUUACUACUGCUACUACUGCUACUGUCACCACCACUGCUACUACUUCUACAUGUCAUCAUCCAUGGAACAAGAAGAUAACACCCCAAAGCACACUAUCAUACCCACAUUCCUCAGAAAACCUUCAGACGACCAGGCCAACUCCGCCGUCUCCUCUCACAAAUCUUUGCAUGUUUUCCGCCACAGCAGGAGGCGGUGUAGGAAGGAACUCACUGCGAAAGAGCCUGCCAAGGAAGGUGAUGAAGACGAGGAGAAGGAAAAAGAAGAAGACGAAGAUGGUGGUGACGUUGAUGACAGAGAAGAGAUAGAGAGGAAGAUUCACACUUUGCAGAGGAUUGUGCCUGGUGGGGAGUCAUUAGGGGUGGACAAACUCUUUGAUGAAACUGCUGGCUAUAUUCUGGCCUUGCAGUACCAAGUCAAAGCCUUGAGGGCUCUCACUGGUUUCUUUGAGAAGUUGGAGAAGGAGAAGACAAAGUUUGGAGGUUGAUAUCAUCGUCAAAAUGAAUGAAUGAAUCAAUAAUCCACGGUGAUGAAGCUGCUGCAUGAUGGAUUAUGGAAGCAGCAGCCUAGGUUAGGAUCUUUUGGUUUUUCCCACAGACCCUUUAGUUAGAUAUUUUUUUCUUUUUCUUUUUACUUUUAAUUUUUCUGUUCUUGGCUGUACUUUUGGAGGUUGGGAUCAAGGAAAAUGUCUCCCAUGUUCUUAGAUUUUCAUUUUUUUAUUUUUUAUUUCGAAGUUCUCAAUUUCUCACUGUGUUCUUUUGCUGAUGA